GUUACGUGGGAAACUGCUGCACCUCAAUUUCUUGAUCGUAUCAAUAUGGGAGGAGAUAUGAAUCCUGUAUUUUCAUUCCCAUUUCAAGCUUAUGAUAUUCAAGAAAAGUUUAUGAAAGAGUUAUAUUUUACAAUCGAAAAAAGGAGAUUGGGUAUUUUCGAAAGUCCUACAGGAACGGGCAAAUCUUUAAGUAUAUGUUGUGGCGCUUUGCAAUGGUACAGUGAUAAUAGGCAGAAAACAAUUCAGGAUAUUGAAGAUGAUAUUAAUAAAAUUAAAACAGAUCUGAAAAAUCUAACAGAUUCUGAAGACUGGUUACAAGCAGAAUACGAUAAAAUUAAGAAGAAUCAAACAUUAAAUGAAUUACAGUUCAAACUUGAUAAAAUCAAGAAACAAGAUGAGCUUUUCAAUGAAAUGAAGACUAGAGUUGCUAAACAGAAAUCUAACAUCAACAACAAUAUUCAUGGAAAUUCUUUUACAUAUCCGAAUAAAUUAGAUAAAGAUGCAAAUGAUAAAGAGAAUAUUCCGGAUGAUGAAGACAAUGAUUAUGAUUUAAUUGUGGACACUUGUGAUAAAGACAUAUCAGAUGAGGAAGAUUUAGGUGAUGAAUUAAACGAAGAAAGUGAACAUUUACCAGUUAAGAUUUAUAUAAGUAGCAGAACACAUAGUCAGUUAUCCCAAUUUAUUGGUGAAAUUAAAAGAACUGUCUUCAAGGAAUGUACUCGAGUUGUUACACUAGCUUCUCGUCAACAUUACUGUAUUAAUUCUGAUGUUACAAGUUUGAAAAAUGUUAAUUUAAUAAAUGAAAGAUGUCUAGAUAUGCAACAAUCUAAAACCAAAUCAACAUCAGUUGGUGAUGAGGGUAAAGUCCUUAAAAGAACAAAGACAAAAACAUGUUCAGGAUGUCCGUAUUAUAAUCAGAAUAAUAUAACAAAAUUAAAGGAAAGAUUGCUUGUUGAUAUAAUGGAUAUGGAGGAUUUAGUGAAAUGUGGCAAAGAGAUAAAAGCAUGCCCCUAUUAUGCAUCAAGGAUGGCAUUAGAUGAUGCUCAGGUAGUCCUACUUAGUCAUGCAGGUAUAGUAAAUUCAGGUGCUAGAUCUGGUUUCUCCAUUAAGUUAAAAGAUAAUAUUCUAAUAUUAGAUGAGGCACAUGGUCUAAGUGCUGCGUUGGAGAAUGCACAUUCAGCACCUGUCUCAUAUAAACAACUGUCAUCAGUGAAAAUGUACCUUAAUUUUUAUAUAAACAAAUAUAGAUCACGAUUGAACAGUAAAAAUCUUUUGUUGUUGAAUCAAAUGACUUUUGUUGUCGGCAAACUUUUAGGUAUAGUUAAACCGAAAGUCUCCGGAAAGGACCAAAAUGAUACCAAAAUAUUUACACUUGAAGAUUUUGUUAUAAAAUCUGAAAUAGACCAUUUAAAUCUACGUCCUUUAGUUGAGUUUUGUAGAGACACUCGUCUAGCACCGAAAUUACACGGCUUUUCAAUGAGAUAUAGUAAAGAAGUAUUGGAAGAGGAAAAUAAAAAAAAAGUCGUUAGUCAAAAAAGUUCAUUUGAAAAGUUUAUAAGUAACAUUAAGAAAACAGAUAAUAAAGUUGUGGAGGAAAUUGGAGAAAUGAAGACUGCUCUUCAGUUGCCAAAUGAAACAUCAGCAGGUAGCGGUCUAUACGCGGUACUAGACUUCUUAGACAUGUUGUGUGACCGCAGUGAGAACGGCAGAGUGUUGAUACAAAGAGGGGAGGAAAAUACAUCACAGUUGAAGUACUUACUAUUGAAUACAGCUGAACACUUCGCUGAUGUCGUCUCACAAUGUAGAUCUGUAAUAUUGGCUGGUGGUACAAUGGAACCUAUCAGUGAGUUUGAAGGACUACUUACGAACAAUUCGACGGAAUUGAACAGAGUUAAUAUAGUGAAGUGCGGACAUGUAGUGCCUCCUGAUAAUGUACUAGGUGUUUGCUUAUCUCAAGGACCUUCUAAUAUUAAUUUAAACUUCUCUUAUGAAAACAGAAUGUCCAACGAAUUGUUGAACGAAGUAGGCAGGAUACUUCGUAACAUAAGUAGUAUUGUGCCCGGUGGUAUUGUUUGUUUCCUACCUUCUUAUGCUUACGAACAAACAGUAUACCAACAUCUGUUGAAUAACAAGUUUAUAGACAGUAUUAGUAAAAAGAAAAAUAUUUUUAGAGAGCCAAAGUCAGCCACUGAAGUUGAACAAGUGUUACAAAAAUUCACCACAGCUGUUAGAAAGAAAGAUGGUGAUCGCAACGGAGCCUUACUUCUCAGUGUAGUUGGAGGAAAAUUGAGUGAAGGACUUAACUUUAGUGAUGAGUUAGGACGUUGUGUGAUAGUUAUUGGUAUGCCGUACCCCAAUGUGAAGUCACCAGAACUGCAAGAGAAGAUGAACUAUUUGAACAGAACUGUAGGAAGCGCUGGAAGUCAGUACUAUGAGAAUUUAUGUAUGAAAGCUGUGAACCAGUGUAUUGGUCGUGCAGUAAGACAUGCCAAUGACUAUGCCUGCGUGUUGCUCGUAGACGAAAGAUAUUCCAGAACCCAAACUACAGCGGCUUUGCCAUCAUUUAUUCAGAAAUCCUUAUUAACCGGCUGCACAUUUGGACAAACAAUAGGUAGUAUUGCAAGGUUUUUCUCGAAACGUAAGGAGAUUAAAUGAAAGAAUUAAUGGAAUAAUUUAACUAUUUAAUAAAUGUUUAUCUUAUGAA